GAGGCGCUGGACAGAGGUGCCUGUUACAGGGAGGUGGUCAUGGGCUCAGAGCUCUGGUGGGCAGGGCUGUGCGGGGCCCAGAACAGACAGCCCCUGCCCUGGCCUGCGGUGCUGACUGCGAGGACUGCGGUGCUGACUGCGAGGACUGCCAUGCUGUGGAAGACACCCCUGUUUGCGGGGCUCGUUGUGCUGGGCACCCAUUUCUGGACCAUUCAGAAGGAGUUUGUCGAUGUUAGUCAGAACCUAGACUAUUUCGUGGCGUCCGUGGAGUUUGCUGUGGCUCAGUUCAAUGACGACAGCACGGAGGAGCAGGUGUACAGGCUGCUGGAGGUCGGCCGAGCCCAGCAAAAGAAGUAUUCUUGGAUCUAUUUAGUGGACUUGGAGCUGGGCCGCACCAUUUGCAAAAAACACGAUGAAGAUAUUGACAACUGCCCAUUGCAAGAAGGCCCAGGAGAGAAAAAGGUACGCUGCACUUAUAUCAUCCAUUCCCUGGCAUGGAUUACCAAAUUUACCAUCCUGGACAGCACCUGUGCACAGACCUCGGCCGGGGGGAUGCCUGUGACUUCUCCCAGCAAAAGUCCUGUGUCCUCUCCAAUCAGCAGCCCAAGCUCCCUGUUAACAGCCUUGAGAAAGCAGUGGAAGAUGGCCUAAGUGUUUGGGCCCCUGGACCCACGUGGGAGACCCUGAAGAAGCUCCAGGCUCCUGGCUUCGGAUCAGCCCAGCUCUAGUCCUUGACGCCAUUUGGGGAGUGAACCAGAGAAUGGAAGAUCUCUCUCUCUCUCUCUCUCUCUCUGUCUCUGCUUCUGCUUCUCUGAAACUCUGCUUUCAAAUAAAUGAAUAAAUAAAUGCAUCUUUUUUAAAGAAACCACAUUAUAUUUG